UUGAGUUAGUUAUUACUCCUAGUUCACGAUACAGACGUGCGAAGCCACUUCUUCAGAGAGCCGAGGUCUCGUCUCAGGCCAGCGCCGGCGGCGGCGGCGGCAGCGGCGGAAAUACGGAAGUGGCGGCGGGCGUUGAGGCCCUCACCGGCGUCGUGGACGUAGCGCGCGGCGACAGAGGUUGGUCUCGUCUUCAUCGGCGUCAGGGCCGCCACAGACCUCGCCCCCCCUCAACGCUGUGGCCGUGUCGACCAGCUCGCCGGCAGCCAGAUCUCCUGUACAGCAGCUGCAUCUAAACGGCUGCGCCGCUGCGGUAGGUCGUGAGCGGCAGCGAGGAAUUCUUCAGGCACAUCUUGGAGCUAUGAGCCGCCGCCUUGUCCCCGUCGACAGACGCAUCUUGGAGCAGAACAUCAAGGCUCGGUACCACGCCGGAGACAUUGGCACCCAGGAUGCACUCCACCUGUUUGACGAAUUGCUCCAGUGUGCUGGGUCCUCCUCGAUCCGUGCCAUCAACUAUCUCGUUACUACUGUCGGCCGUGAUUGCCCUGCGCUCGGCGUCUCCCUCUUCAACCGCGUCGCAAGUGCCAAUGUGGCACCAAACAGUAUCACGUACACCAUCCUCGUCGACUGCUGCUGCCGUGCUGGCCGCUUGGACCUCGGUUUCGCUGCCAUGGGCCACAUCAUCAAGAUGGGAUUUGCAGCAGAUGCUAUCGUCACUUUCAGCCACCUACUCAAUGCCAUCUGUGCGGAGAAGAAGACCAGCUAUGCAAUGGACAUCGUACUCCGAAUAAUGCCCAUGUUUAACUGUGUUCCGAACAUUUUCUCCUACAGCAUUCUUUUCAAGGGUCUCUGCAACGAGAAGAGAAGCCAAGAGGCUCUCGAGCUGAUUCAGGUGAUGGUUGAGCAUGGAGGUAGCUGCCAACCUAAUGUGGUGUCCUAUAGCACCGUAAUUGAUGGCUUGUUGAAAGAGGGUUUGGUGGGCAAGGCUUACAGUCUAUUCUGUGAAAUGCUACAGAGGGGAAUUUCGCCAAAUGCUGUGACCUGUAGUUCAAUCAUCUCUGGCAUGUGCAAGGCUCAAUCAAUGGACAAGUCUGAGGAGGUUCUUCAACAGAUGCUUGAUAGACGAAUUCUGCCAGAUGUUACCACAUAUAAUAGUCUGAUACAUGGAUAUUAUUCAUCAGGAAGGUGCAAAGAAGUUGAUCGGAUUUUCCAGGAAAUGUCUAGAAAUGGUGUUCAACCAAAUAUUGUAACUUACAAUAUACAGAUGGAUUAUCUUUGCAAGAGCGGAAGGUGCGCAGAAGCUAGGAAAAUAUUUGAUUCUAUGAUCGGUCUGGGCCAAAAACCAGAUGUUACUACCUACAGUAUUCUGCUUCAUGGGUCUGCCAUGGAAAAAUCUUUUCAUGAGAUGCAUUGUCUCAUUGAUUUGAUGGUGGGAAAUGGUAUCUCACCAGAUCAUCAUGUCUACAACAUACUCAUAUCUGCAUAUGCUAAAGAAGAAACGGUUGGUGAGGUAAUGCAUAUAUUUACAAAAAUGCGGCAGCAAGGACUGAACCCUAAUGUAGCAAACUAUGGAGCGGCAGUAAACUUGCUUUCCAAGAUUGGCCGAAUGGAUGAUGCUAUGUCCCAAUUCAAUCAAAUGAUAACUGAAGGGUUAGCUCCUGAUAUCAUAGUUUUCACCCCCCUUAUUAGUGGUUUCUGUUCUUGUGGCAAAUGGGAGAAGGUUGAUGAACUAUUUUCUGAGAUGUUGGAUCGCGGCAUAUGUCCCAACACAGUGUUCUUCAACACAAUUAUGGACCGCCUUUGCAAAAAUGAAAGGGUUAUGGAAGCCCAAGAUCUCUUCGACCUGAUGGUACACAUGGGUGUGAAGCCUGAUGUGUGUACUUAUAGCACACUGAUAGGUGGAUACUUGUUCGUUGGUAAGAUGGAUGAAGUGAGCAAGUUACUUGACAAUAUGGUCUCAAUUGGCAUGGAACCAGAUGUUAUCACCUAUAACAUACUGAUUGAUGGUUACUCUAAGAAUGGAAGGAUAGAUGAUGCAUUGGUUGUUUCCAGGGAAAUGUUGGCCGGGAACGUUAAGCCUUGUGUUAUCACUUUGAAUAUUAUGAUUGGUGCAUUGCUUAAAGGUGGCAGGAAGGAAGAGGCUAAAGAUUUGUUUGAUGGUAUCUGGGCCAAAGGAUUAGUGCCCACCGUUGUUACAUAUAGCUUAAUGAUACAAAAACUUAUAGAAGAAGGUUCUCUACAAGAGUCGGAUGAUCUAUUCCUUUCUAUGGAGAAGAAUGGAUGUGCUGCCGACUCCCAUAUGCUAAAUGCUAUAGUUAGAAGCUUACUUCGGAAAGGGGAGGUGCCCAGGGCUGGGACUUAUCUGUCUAAAAUUGAUGAGAGGAGGUUCACCCUUGAAGCUUCCACAGCUAGCUUGUUGGCUGCAGUUGCGUCAGGGGGGAAAGGCCAGGAAUAUAAGGAGUUACUCCCCGAAAAAUACCACUAUUUUCUGGAACAGGGCACUGAUUGAAACCUUUUCUAGAGAUUUUGCCUAGAUGCUCUGGAGUGCUAAUUGAGCGAUGAACUUCUCUUUGUAGGUUACUUCUUCCAACCUUUUCCUUUUUUAGUACGUCUGAAAUGUAAUAAUCGUUGGAGAAACUGUAGCAAAAUUUCUGACUGUCAACCUUUUCUAGAGAUUUUUUAGUACUUCUUCCAACAAGCUAGUAGUAAGCUUUCUGACUGUCACCAUUUUGUUGAUCCACUAUGUGUGUUUCAUACAUAUGGAUGGCUACUACUUCAAGGGAGUUGCACAUUUGGCCUCAGCUAAGCUGCAAUUUUUAAUUAGUUUUGUCAGUCCUGGAUUUGUCCUAAUAAGUUAUCCUUGGCACCUUUUGCCUUA